AUGGCCGUCGACGACUCGUCGGAGACCGACCAGCUCGACUCCAUGUCCACGGAGGACAUCGUCCGGGCCACCCGCCUCCUCGACAACGAGGUCCGCGUCCUCAAGGACGAGCUGCAGCGGAACAACCUGGAGCUCGAGAACGUCAGGGACAAGAUCAAGGAGAACCAGGAGAUGAUCAAGCUCAACAAGCAGCUGCCCUACCUCGUCGGCAACACCGUCAAGGAUUUCUGUACCGAUUUGGAUGCGGAAAUUAUGGGUUUCUGUACCGAUUUCAUUCAUGCCGGAUUCACGAUUCCCCAAUCCAACUUAUUCCUUCCUGUGAUUGGGCUUGUUGACCCUGACAACCUCAAGCCUGGUGAUUUGGUUGGAGUCAACAAGGACAGCUACUUGAUAUUAGACACGCUACCUUUGGGAUAUGACUCUCGAGUAAAGGUAAUGGAGGUAGAUGAAAAGCCUACGGAGGAUUAUAAUGACAUUGGUGGCCUUGAGAAAGAGGAACUCGUUGAAGCUAUAGUGUUGCCAAUGACACACAAGGAGCAAUUUCAGAAGUUGGGAGUUUGUCCCCCGAAAGGAGUUCUUUUAUAUGGACCACCUGGGACGGGAAAGACAUUGACGGCUCGUGCAUGUGCUGCACAAACCAAUGAAACCUUUCUGAAACUUGCUGGUCCGCAGCUAGUCCAGAUGUUCAUCGGUGACGGGGCAAAGCUCGUCCGAGAUGCAUUUGAGCUGGCAAAGGAGAAGGCCCCCUGCAUCAUUUUUAUUGAUGAGAUUGAUGCAAUUGGAACAAAGCGUUUUGACAGUGAAGUUAGUGGUGACAGAGAAGUCCAACGAACCAUGUUGGAGUUGCUGAAUCAGCUAGAUGGAUUUAGCAGUGCUGAGAGGAUAAAGAUGAUAGCUGCAACUAAUCGUGCAGAUAUUCUCGAUCCUGCUUUACUCCGUUCUGGUCGCCUGGACCGCAAGAUUGAGUUCCCUCAUCCGACAGAAGAAGCAAGAGCUAGGAUUUUGUAA